GUGUCACUGUUUGGGUACGUGAGGCCGCUGCAGGGCUGGGAAAAUCGAGCUGUGGAGAACUGGGCGGUGGGGACACUCCUAGGCUGGGGAGCGGCGGGGAGGGGCCACCGCCCUCCAAGUCCCAGAGAGCUUUAAAUUCUGCUGAAAGGGGGCAGUCCCAUGCACUCUUACCGACCGGUUUCGCCUCGCUGAACUCCCGGGGACACUUGUCAUCUGCUUUAGGGGGCGAUGCUGUUGCUUAGCUGCAACUUGGAGGAGGAUGGCCUUAAGAAUUUGCUGGAGACAGGAGCAUCAGUCAACGCACCCCCGGAUCCUCAAGAGCAGUCGCCUGUUCACCUAGCUGCAGGUGGCGGCCUUGCUUGCUUUCUUCUCUGGCAGCUGCAAACGGGUGCUGACCUCAACCAACAGGAUGUGUUGGGAGAAACUCCACUCCACAAGGCAGCCAAAGUUGGAAGCCUAGAGUGCCUUAGCCUCCUGGUGGCCAGUGAUGUCCGGAUUGACUUAUGUAAUAAAAAUGGGCAAACAGCUGAAGAUCUUGCUUGGUCAUGUGGCUUUCCAGAAUGUGCCAGGUUUCUAACAAUGAUUAAAUGUACGCAGACAGCAAAAUCCUCACGUGAGCACCCCGAGGGUGACCCCUAUGCUCCUGUGCUGAGACAGAAGCGGAGUUUCAGAACUAUGGAGAGCAGAGUGUUGAAGAGAAAGUGUUGGUAAGUGCCUCACAGCUGCUGCCUGCUUCUCCUUCAAGGAUAUCUUUUCUGGUAUAGGUAUUGUUGCGCUUAAUGUUGGCAUUCUGAUCUAAGGUCCGGUAUAUUUGUUUUUUUAAAUUUUAUCAUUGGUUAUAGUUACUACUUACCAGCUUCUAGAGACUAAAAAUUUGUCUUGUAUGGUAGGAAUUUGGGGAGAGACCUUCUUUUAAAAAGGUUUUAAAGGUUGUUUGUGUGCUUGUGAGUACACGUAUUUAUGUGGCAGUGUGUGUGUAGGCCUGGAAAGGACAUGGGACCUCUUGGAGCGGGAGUACAGGCCAGGCAUUUGUAGUGUGUCUGGUUUGCUGCUUGGGAGCUGGGAUAUAAAUUCCAGUCCUUGUGAUUAUACAGGAAGCACUCCUAUCAGUGAGCCAUUUCUCUGGUCCCCUUAAAAAUGUUUUUAGUCUCAACAUGUUUUUUUUUUUUUCUCCCCAAAACAGAUGAUGUCUUGUUGGGCAAGAGGAGAGAAGAGGCUUGAAGACGGGCUUCACUUCAGACAGAUCUAUAAGCCAUUGCUUUGGCUUAACACAUGGCUACACUCCUGAGGAGGAAAGCUUUCUUCCAAGUGAAGAGAAAUUCAUUCAUGCAUGUGUUUACAUGACUAGUAUUUUGGAUGUACAUGUUUUGUUAUUUAACUUAUUAAAAGAAUAUUCAAGGAGUUAAA